AUGAUAAGUAUUUAAGUUGUUUCACCUAAAUUGAAGAAUACAAAUCAUAAGGCAAAUUUCAGUUAACCUUCAAUAACUAAAUAUAAUAAUUUAAAAAGCUUCAAUGAAUAUUUUAGAAGUCAAUAAAUCAAUGAAAAGUUUCUAGGCAUCAUUAAAGGAUUAGCACUACUGAUAGUAAAUAUAAAACAGAUACUCGUUUAUUUGAGAACUUUUCAAGCAGCACAAAGAGAAUUUCAAUACAAUCAUCUACCUUAUGCUUUUCAAAUACAAAAUCCUAGAGUACAAGUCGAAAAACAAAAUAAAUACAAUUCCCAUAAUGAAUUUAAAUUCCUCAAUAAAAAAAAGCCUGAGAUCUUCAAAGAAACAAAAACAUAAGCAAGGUUUAGAUUGAACAUUUUCCUUAUCAUACGGUUUUAAAAACAAGUUUGA